AUGGAAGAUGACGCUGGGGAUUAUAUCAAGUCGAUAAUAAGAAAUCCAUUGGCACACGAAAAUAAACGCACAAAAUCUCCCGAUGUCAUAUACCUCACAAUGGAUGUUAUAAACAAAGAUUACUGGGAAAAGAGUUAUGAAGCUGUAAUACUAACAUUACUGAAAUACUGGUCUAGUCAAUUGGAUCAAAGAAUGUUGUUAUCACGGGUUGACCCCAGAAGGCCAUCCAAUAGGAAUGAUACGUGCGCGGUUUUGGCAAGAAACAAUUUCGGAUGCGCUUAUGAAAGGAUACAGCGUGUCCACAAUGGAUAUAUAGUUGGGUGUGCGUUCGGUUUUGUGCAUAGACGAUGUCUCAGCGAACGGCCGGGAUGGGAACAUGGUAUUCAAGAAGGUUUCAAGGAGCAGUGCAACUAUCACGAGAAACGGCCGACUAGGGAACGCUACUACCCAUAUGAACUGGUUAGAUAA